CAGCGGGCAGGCGCGCGCGUGUUCGUGUUUAUCGGUUCCGAGCAGUCCGUCCGUCAGUCCCGCCCAGAUCAGACCCGCGGCCGCACGCGAGCGUUCAGCGCGGCAGUUUGUCAUUUCGCUCGCGAGUCUUGCGAAUUGUGUGUUUAGUGCUCGUCGUUUUGAAGAGAACGCGCUGCUCGGGCGACUCCGCCGAGACGAACAUUCCUCCUCGUUUUGUGUUUGCAAGUUGCUGUUGUUGCUGCUGCUACUGCUGCUGCGCGGGGUUGACUGACGUUGUCGCGGUCGAGUGCGUGCGUGGAGGGCGUUGUCCUACAGCCCCACGGGGUUGCGCGCCGCGCCCCCUCAAGGUCGCAUACCGCCUGCUUCUUGUCAACGCGACGCGUCAACGUCGCGCACGGCGACGCACUCGCUGAACGCAAAAGAAGAGCAGCGGCGGCGGGGAGAGAGAGACGCGCGCGCGCGCGCCCGCGGGAGAGCAUCAGCAGAUCGCAUCCGCCAUGGAGCUGCAAGUGGAGAACGUGCACCUGUACGAGAGGCAGAACGCGGAGGAGCACCGCACCGUCAUGUUCGAGCAGGUGCACGCGGAGGUCCCCAGGGCCGUGCUUCGACGGGGGCAGCCGUUUUUCCUCGCCAUCCGGUUCAACAGGGACUUGGCCCCAGAGGACGUCGUCACCCUCAUCUUCACGCUCGGCCCCGAGCCCCAUGCCAUGCGGGACACCCUGGGCAGGAUGCGGCUGGCGCCCUGGCAGGCCGACGGCGUGGAGUUCGACGACCACGCCUACAAGUGGGAGAGCAGGAUCACCGCGAUGGACGUCAACACCAUCACCGUGGAGGUCCGCAGCCCCGCGGAUGCCCCCGUCGGUGAAUGGCAAGUGAUUGUGGAAACGAUCGACGGCGCCGCGCUGGGCGCGCCGGACGCCGGCCCGGCCUACGCCUUCCCCUACCAGCACCCCGUGCCCGUGAGCCUGCUCUUCAACCCUUGGGAAAAGCACGACUCGGUGUACAUGGAGGAGACGGCGCUCCUGGACGAGUUCGUGCUCAACGACGUCGGCAAGGUGUGGGUCGGGCCCAUGGGAUUCACCAAGGGCCGCGAGUGGGUGUUCGGUCAGUUCGACGAGCGGGUGCUUCCGGCCGCCCUGAUGGUGCUGGAGCGCACCGGGAUCCCACACUCGGAGCGCGGGGACCCCGUGCGCAUGUCCAGGGCGCUUACGAAGCUGGUUAACGCCAACGACGAUGGCGGCGUCCUCAUCGGCCGGUGGGACGGCCAGUACGAGGACGGCACGGCGCCGUCCUGCUGGACGGGCUCGGUCGCCAUCCUGGAGGAGUACCUGAAUACGGGCGUCUCCGUGAGGUACGGCCAGUGCUGGAUCUUCGCCGGGGUACUCUGUACGCUGUGCCGCGUCCUGGGGCUGCCGGCGCGCGUCGUGUCCUGCCUCGUGUCGGCGCACGACGCCAACUCGUCGCUAUCGGUGGACCGCUUCUACUCGGACGAGCGCGACGAGCUGCCGUGGGACCCGCUCAACCCGAGCGGCGGCAAAGAUUCCAUCUGGAACUAUCACGUCUGGACUGACGUCUGGAUGGCGCGUCCCGACCUCCCCAGCGGAUACGGCGGCUGGCAGGCCUGCGACGCCACCCCUCAGGAGACGUCUGAUAGCUUCUACCAGUGCGGCCCCGCGUCUCUUGAGGCCAUCCGGCGAGGUGAGGUGGGGCUCAAGUACGACGUACCCUUCAUGCUGGCGUCGGUCAACGCAGACGUUAUCCGCUGGAUCGAGGACCCCUCGAGCGACCUCGGCUUCACCCGCAUCGACUCCAACAAGUACCACAUCGGCCGCCGCAUCCUGACCAAGACGCCUUUCAUCUUCGACCACGUUGGCGACGACGACUGCGACGACAUCAUCGACCUGUACAAAGCACCCGAAGGGACGAACAUGGAGCGCAUUUCGCUGCUCAACGCGGUGAGGGGCAGCGCGCGCGCCAAGCGCUUCUACGACGUCCCUCCCCCCGAGUACGACGACGUGUCCUUCACCUUGAACGACAUCGACAAGAUCCAGAUCGGGGAGCCCUUCGCCGUGGAGGUCCACAUUGAGAACCGUUCGGGGCAGGAGCGGCUGGUGCGCGCCGCGCUGUCCGCCGGGUCCGUCUACUACACCGGCGUCAAGGCGCACAUCGUCAAGAAGGCCAGCGGCGACUUCCUCGUCCAGCCGUACGCAAGCGACGUGCUGCGACUGACCGUGGAGGCCGAGGAGUACAUCGACAAGAUGGUCGAGUACAACAACAUGAAGAUCUUUGCGCUGGCGAGCGUGGACGGCACCAAACAGACGUGGGCCGCUGAGGACGACUUCCAGAUCACUGUACCGACUCUUAAUAUAACGGUCCUAGACCAGCCGACGGUAGGCGAGUCCUGCUCGGUCGUGUUUGAAUUCCAAAACCCACUUCAGCUCCCGCUCACCGACUGUUCUCUGAGGUCCGAGGGUCCUGGCCUCGUCCGAAACUCAGUCCUCACUUACAGGGACGUGAUGCCCGGAGAGACGCUACGCAUCGAGCAGAGGAUUUGGCCACAACGGGCCGGCAGUCUGAAACUAGUAGCGGCGUUCAGCGCAAGAGAGCUCAUCAACGUGACGGGCAGCGUUCUGGUGGAAGUUGUGGAGUGAAGCGAAACGGCCUCGGGACGAGCGAGGAAGCCAAAAGCAAUUAAAACGGGUAUUUAUGUACAAUAAGACGCGCGCAUGACAGUAAGAGACACGUUAAACAAAUAAAAUAAAUCUACAUUUAGAACUUA